AUGACGUCACACACCACCGAUUCCCCUCCUCCCAUUAAACACCUUGGCCGCCGCCGCAAAAGAAAACCUGACCCCGCCGAUGCCGACCCUCACUCCGAACCCGACCCGCACCCGCCGCCGCGCCUCACCCGAGACCAAUCGUUGCGGCUGCCGACCGACCCCCACGUCCGGAUCGGAAUGUACGUGGCCCUGGCCCACGCCGGACUAGCUUUCUCACUCGCGCUCCUCUACGGCGUCACGAAGCUUCUAGAAGGCUACUGGCGCCCAAUCCAAUGGGCCAUUCUCUGUUCUAUGCCUCUCCGCGAGCUCCACACUGCUCUGGUUUCGUUCUGGUCUGACUCUCUCAAUCUCGGCCUGUUCGAAACCCUCAUUGCGCUCCCACGCGCCGCGGUACGCGCCGCCACCGCCUCCCUCGUCGACUCCCGCACCGCCAUUCACCGCCUCCUCAAACGCCCCUGCCCGCCUCGCCCGAAAAAGAAUUUCAGCUUCUCAAAAAUUAUACAACGGCUUAUCACGUUUGCCCUAUUUGUGAUUCUCUAUGAGAACAUAGGCUUUUACACUAUCCCGGCAUUUGCAAUUGCUUGCUCUGUAGCUUAUGUUUUGGGUUACAGAAGCAUAGUGAUCGAUUCUGGUGUGACUACUACACUUUCGGCACUUUCGCGCCGUGGAAGUAGGUUGAAACUGAGGAAUAGUAACAGGGUUAGCAGGUACAUUACUAGUUUGAUGCUCAAAAGGUUGAAGACGACGGUUGCGAUUGGCUUGAUCAUGGUUAUGAUAGUGGGGACUUUGUUAGGGAUGGUUUUCUUUUCGUAUAAGAUUGGAAUGGAAGGGAAGUUUGCUGUGAUUUCGAUGAAAGUUCAUUUGGAACACCAAUUGGAGCAGAAUUACAACUAUGCGGAGAGAGUUGGGUUGAAGAAAUGGAUGGAUGAGAAUCAAAUUCCUGAGUUGAUUGAUGAUUAUGCUACGAAGUUUUAUGAGACAGUGUUGCUGAAUAUCGAUUCUUGGGCAGCUGAUUACAAUGUGACUGAGAUUGUGGACAGUCUGAGGCAUUAUUUGACUAGUAAUGAUUCUUCUCCAGUCGACAUUUCGAGUAAUGGUGGUGUUGGCAAUAUUGAUCAUAAGCAGAUCAACAGCAAUAUCAAUCAGCCCUUGUCCGAGAAGUUUCAUAACAUUCAAUCGAGGGUGAGGAACAGAGAAUGGGGAGUGAUCUAUAGGGAUAUUGAUGAUAUUUUUCAUUUUAGGAAAUUCAUGUCUAUGAUUGCUAAGGAAGACUUGGCAGAGAAAGCGAAAGCAUAUUUGUUACAGGGAUUGGACAUUUCGAGAAGGUUACUUACUAGUAGUACUACGGUUUUGGCCGGAGGUGCAAAUAUUUUGCUGUUCAUGGCAGUCUCACUUGUUUCAGGUGCUGCUGGAUUGUUCAAUUUCAUCUUCGAAUUGACAGUGUUCUUCUGGCUUUUGUAUUACCUAAUCACCACGGACUCAGGAGGUGUUAUGGAUCAUGUUUUGGGGAUGCUGCCACUUUCAAGAUCGACAAGGGUUAGAUGUGCCCAAGUGCUUGAUCAUGCUGUCAGCAGUGUGCUGUUGGCUGCUGCUAAGGUCACAUUCUUUCAAGGAUGCCUCACAUAUCUCUUGUUCAGAUUCUACCAGAUUCAUUUCCUGUACAUGUCUACAUCCCUUGCCCUGAUGAGUGCCGUUUUGCAAAUUACACCGGCUUGGCUUUUGUCAAUCCCGGCAGCGCUGCAACUGGGCAUGGAAGCGAAAUAUCUAGACGCCAUUUUGUUGACAUCAAUCCAUCAAAUACUGCUGGAAUAUGGAACUGCUGCUAUCCAAGAUGAGAUUCCAGGACAGAAUGCCUACCUCACCGGGCUUAGCAUACUUGGUGGCAUUGCUCUUUUCCCAUCCAUGUUAGAAGGAGCAAUUAUGGGGCCUUUGCUGAUGACAGUCAUGAUUGCCUUCAAAAAUCUGUACGUAGAAUUCGUUCUUUCUUCCGGACAGUAGACCAGUGCUGAUUGAUAUAAAUGUAAUGCACACAAUUUUGUAGCAACG